CAACACCAACACCAACACCAACACGAGCCAUGACCUCUCCAACACAGUCCGAGCUGAUGGAUCAGACCAAGAAGCUCAUGGCCCAGAAAACAGACAUCGAGAAUCAGCUGGCAGAGCUUGAGCAGGUUUUGAAGCAGCACGGAGUCGGCAUGCAGGAUGCCCUCGUCGAUGCCGAUGGCUUUCCACACCCGGCGGCCUACGACAUUCGCCAUGCCCGUGUCCAAAUCAUCCGUCUGAGAAACGACCACAAGGACCUGCUCAAAGCGAUCGAGCGGUCGCUCCAUGCUCUGCACUCUGUUGCCAAGUCAGAACAGCGAUCGGACCCGGAAUCCAGCGCCGCAUCCACCUCCUCCAGCAAUGCAAUUCGGGCGGAUGCAGGCGACCGUGACGACACACCGAAGCCGCAGGAUCAGGCACAAGCACAAGCGCAAGCACCGCUGGCCCGGGUGAAUGCUGUCGAUCCCGAUGGGCCCGCUGCCCAGGCAGGACUCAGACGAGGCGAUCUGGUCAUCCGAUUCGGCAGUCUUGAUUCCAAGUCGGGGGCUGGCCUCGGAGGACUCCCACAGUUUGUAGCGGCAAACGAAAAUUCCGCGAUCGAGCUGCUGAUCCGGCGCGACAGUGCUCUGGAGACGCUCUAUCUGACGCCCCGACGCUGGAGCGGGCGAGGGCUGCUCGGAUGCCACAUUGUGCCUCCAACUCAGUGAGGGUCAACUCCGUGUCUCGCACCCCCGUUGCCAAAGUCGAGCUGCCCGUUGGACGAGCAGCGUGCACGACAGCAAUCAUUAGUUGUGCCGCAACCCCAGCCUGCGACUUCGUGUGUAGGACUUGCAUAUAUCACCUACAAGGAAGCACAAGCGGCUUGAGCAUUCAAAGCAAUCGCUUGGGAAAGGGAAUACAAAUCGUAUUGUGUGCUUCAGGGACAGGGUUAUCAUGUGUGCAGCUGCCCCGGGCUCGCAC